CUCUGAAUGGCUGAAUCUCACUUCUCAGAGGGUUAAAGUACAGUACCCAUGACUGUUUCAUGUGGAAUACACCAUGGAUUCACCAGACAAAGAUUUUCAUGAGAAAGGCACCCCACCAGCACGUCCACCAAGACACAAAAGAGGUCAUCUGAUAUCGUUUCUUGGCAAAUUGGGUCUUUUGAAAUUUUAUCCAAACAAGCUCACUCUCAGAUCCUUACUGGAGAUCAGCAGUGAAACAGUGUUAGGCAAAGAAGUGGAGUCUCUCAAAGAAGUCUUAGUCUUAGACAAAAAGGCAGAACCUCUCAAAGACAUUCCUUUUUCUUUCCUAAGAAAACUACUGAUGAUCAAUACAAAAUGCCGGAAUCACACUUCUGCAGACUCUGGUGAAACACAAAAUAGUGGUAAUGAUGAUGAUGACGAUGAUGAGGUGGAGGCGGAGGAAGUCAAUCCCGUGGAUCUGGUUACUGCGCUCUACCUUUGUGCUGACAGCUUUUUGCAGCAGGAGAUGUCCAUCAAGAUGUCAAUGUGUCAGUUUGCUGUGCCCUUUCUGUUACCUCACCCUGAUAACAAUCAGUGCACACUCAUGCUAUGGGCUCUAAGGAAUAUUUACAAAGAGUGGCGACAUCAUGACCUUAUGCACACCAAAAGCCAUGUAGAAGACAGUGUGGUCCAUGCAUCCAUACCUCUUCUUACCUUUGUUCGUCUGAAAGACUGCCGCAUGUCUAAAACCCAAUUUAUCAAUCAUAUCCUGAGUAAUCCACAACAAAGUAUAAAUUUUUUCACACACAGAGAUAUGAAUGGAGGAAACGUCCCAAAAAAGAUUGCAAAUGGCCUGGUGGAGAUUGUCUGGUGUCUUCCAUGUGGACAGAGCAAUAUUGAUGUGUUCCCUGAGCCUGUGGCAAUAGCUAAUAUGAGAGGGGACAUAAUCUCCAACAAACCACAAUUCAGUUUCCUCAUGCAGGUGUCUACUGCCAUUUUUGUGUGCCUGGACACUAUGACCCAAGAGGAGGAAAGGUUGUUGGAUUUACAGGGCCCUCUAAAGUCCAAACUGUUUUUGGUGAUGAAUUCCAAAAUGGAGGGAAAUCGUUCCAAGUCUGCUGACACACUGAGGCUCCAGGAAAAUCAUGUACUGCAGCGAAAAAGGAAACUCAACAUGGCAAAGUUUUCCAAUCAGAUCAUUGGUGCCAUAAAAACAGCCUUACAUGAGUGCAAUGAAUUAAUCAACAUAGAGAAAAUGUCAGACAUUGCACAGGAUUUGGGAAUGUCUGUAGAUGAGUGUGCAAAUAAAGCCUCACAGUCAGCAAAGACUGCAGCUGAUAACAUUAUGAAAGGCAUCGGAGUUCGUGCCACAGCUGACUACAAGAAGAAACAGAUGCCUCUCCAAGGUGAAUACUUAAAGAAAUUAGCUGAAAUUGAGAUAGAGGAGUGUAGACUGCAGAAUGCAGGUGAUCUCAGUCUAGAGAAAUACAAAGCUCAACUUCGCGAAAAGAAAUUUACACUGAGAGAACAGCAAGGGACAAUCAAAACAACACAAGCGAUGGAGCAGUUCAUUCAAGCACUGUCUACCACAGACAAAGAACAGAGAAUAUUAUUUCUCAAAUGGAUGUCACUUAAAUUAGAUAGGAACACACGUAAACACCUGAUAGAACUUCGCAGAAAAUUCAAACAACUAUGUCAAGGAAAGGACAGCACGUCAAUUGUAGAGCUGGAUCAGCAGCUUUUGGACAAUUCCUUGGGCAUUGAGCACUACAUGAGAGAAAUGGCACGGAUGUAUGAAUCUAGACAGUCAGAUGACACAAGAAACCUCCCCUCAAUUGCUGCUGAGCUUCUACUUGAUGGAUACCCCAUGGAGCUUCUUGAUGGAGAUGCAUCCAACAUCCCAGAGAAGUGGGUGACUGAUGUUCUUAUGGAGGUGCACAGAAGAGUAGGGCGCACUCGACUCUUGAUAGUGUCUGUAUUAGGUGUGCAGAGCACAGGGAAGUCUACUCUGCUCAACACCAUGUUUGGUGUCCAGUUCCCUGUUAGCAGCGGCCGCUGUACUCGUGGAGCCUACAUGAUCUUCCUCUCUAUUGGGCAAGAACUCAGAGAGGAGCUAAAUUGUGACUUUGUUCUACUCAUUGACACUGAAGGUCUUAAAGCACCUGAACUUGCCAAGCUUGACGGCAGUUAUGAGCAUGACAAUCAACUUGCAACAUUUGUAAUAGGCCUCAGUGAUGUGACCAUCAUAAAUAUUGCAAUGGAGAAUUCAUCAGAAAUGAAAGAUGUUCUGCAAAUAGCAGUUCAUGCAUUUCUGCGGAUGAAGCAACUUGGAAAGAAACCAAUCUGUCAUUUUGUGCACCAAAAUGUCUCAGGUGUAUCUGCACACAGCAAACUGAUGACAGAUCGGAAACACCUUUUGGAACAAUUAGAUCAGAUGACACAGAUCGCAGCAGACAUGGAGAACCAGUCUGAAGUGAAAGAGUUCACUGAUGUUUUGGAUUAUGAUGUAGAGAAGAACAACUGGUACAUACCAGGCCUGUGGCAUGGGACUCCCCCAAUGGCACCUGUUAACUCUGGGUACAGUGAAGCUGUACAUGACCUCAAAAGAAGUCUCCUAAAACCAAUUAAUAUUGAAGAUAAGUUAAGAUUAAUAUCAGAGAUUCCAGAUUUUCUGAUAUGGAUGAGCAGUUUAUGGAAUGCAGUGAAGCAUGAGAACUUCAUCUUUAGCUUUAGAAAUACUCUUGUUGCCUAUGCCUAUGGCAACCUUUGCAAAGAGUUCUCAGGAUGGGAAUGGUCUUUCAAGAAGUGUAUCUACUCAUGGCUGAACAAUGCAGAGACACAGAUAUCUAACACUGACACCAGCAGAAUACAGAGUCUGCAUGAAGAUUUGGGAUUGGAUGCCUUCAAGGUAAUUGAAGAUCAGACAGUUGAGAUGAAGAAAAAUUUGAAUGAGUAUUACAAACAGAAAGACAGGUAUGUGAAUCUAGUGGAAAGGUACAGGUGUGAGUUCCAAAUUAAUAUCAAAAGUCUUGGCCAAGAAAUGAUCAAAUUGGUUGAGAAUAAACUUCAGUCUGCAGUUGAUCUGAAAAUGGAUAUGGUGCGGGUGGAAAAUAUUCAAAAAGAACACACAGAUGUCAUCGAAAAAAAAGUUAAAGAGCUCUUGAAAACCUGCAAAGAACGCAAGACAAAAUUGUCAGACAGUGACUUGGAGAAAGCAUUUAAAAACAUGUGGACUGAUGCAACAAAAGGCAUUUCUCCACUGAAAGAGAGGGACAUCUGCUCCUGUGUUAUGAAACAACUGCGAAGUAAUCUGGCCCACCGCAAUGUGCAGGAAGAGUUAUCAAAGAUUGAAGAUCUAACCAAAUGUGGAUCUGAAGAUUUCCAAGUGAAAAUGGCAUACAUAUCAGGCAUAACAAAAGUGAUGAAUACAUUCAAAGGAAAAAACAUUAAAUCAGAUGUUAAAUUAUUUGCACAGAACACAAUUCAAAGUUGUAAGGAAUUUAUUGAAGAUAUUGUAAAUACUAGUAAGGAUUAUCAGGAUAUUCACAGCAAAGACCUUCUUGAAAAAAUUGAUGUCGAACUGACAACAAUAGCAAAGAUGACAAACACCGCUUUUGAGACCGAUUUGAAAGUACACAUAUGUGGCUUCGCAGCACGGAGAUUCUUGGUAAUGCACAGAAAUUUCUUGUCUGAUAAAAAUCCCCAAAAUCAUUUGGAGAGGUCCAAAACGCAGUACUUAUCAGAUUUCAUUGACUCCUACAGACGAAGAGAUCAGUGCCUCCGGAAGGCCCAAGACUUUACUCAGCUCUGCAUCAAACCUGCAGUCACAGAGUACAUCAAUAGGUCCCUUGGGAUUGAGAUUGUUGAUGGAAUUCUUUCAAGCAGCCAUUCUUCCCAGUACAGUUCACGGUCAUACUUUCAAUACACAAUUUUGGCAGAGCUGUUAGAGAAAGAUGACUUCAAAAGCUUUUUGAGAUACAUUUUUAAAUAUAGAGUUUUUGUGAAGAAAUGGAUUUACAAUCAAAUUGUUGAAUGGCUAUCAAAAGACAUGGGUCUGCUAAAGUUGAAGGGCCAAAUCCUGAAAACCCUCAUGCAGAAGAUUAAAGAAACAACUGAAGUUUGUUGGAGUGAAGUCAGUGAUCCUAAUGACACUGAGAAAGCAACAGUGUUUGUUGAAAAGUUGUGCAAUGCUCUCAGUGAAGAAAUCACGUUUCCCAUGAACACCGUGAGAGGAGUUCUCUUCCAGAUGUCUUGUAGAUGCACUCCAUUUGUUGAAAGUUUCUUACAGUCUUUGGACGACCUCAGCAAGCAGCUGGACAAAGAAUUUGCAGAAUCAACUGACAUCAAAGAUACACUAAGGGUUCUCACAGUCAAACCACAGAAUGAGAUUUUCAACAGGGUGUUUGGGUGUGGGAAGCGGUGCCCCUUCUGCAAGAUACCCUGUGAGGCUGGGGGGAAAGAUCACGCCCAACAUCAUGCUACAGUGCACCGUCCACAGGGAUUAGCAGGCUAUGUAUAUAAGAACGGGGCUCUUGAUGAGCAGCUUUGCACAACAUGUGUUUACAGCGAUGGACUCUUCCAGAAUGAUGACACAAACUACAAGUUUCACCCUUUCAAGGAAUACCGUGUCUACUAUCCAGAGUGGAACAUCGCUCCAGACCCAUCCAUACAGGCAUCUGACUACUGGAAAUACGUAAUGGUGAAAUACAAUGACGAAUUUGCCGAGAACUACGACGCCACACCAGCAGUCUGUCCUCGUGAAUGGCACAGCAUCACUAAAGAACAAGCAUUGGAAGGAUUAAAGUCAGCCUUCAAUGUGAAAUAAGUCUGCAAGUAAUCUAUUACAAGACACAGGAAAUGUUUGUCUGAUUCUCCAGUCUGAUGCACCCAUUAAUUAUGUGACUCAAAUCCUGACCGGUUUUCACGUACUACUACAAAUUAUAAUAAAGUUACAAUAAAACCGCUUCAGAAGAAAGAGGCAAAUACAAAUCACCUGAACUAAAACCUUAACUGACAAUCAAGUGUAGAUUGAGUCCCUGAAAGACAAAUGGACCAAACCUAUGGCUAAGUGGACUGAUAAUGAAGAUGAGAAGAUGAGGAAGAAGAAGAAUCCUAAAUUCCCAGAGAACAUUGACUGAGCAGCUGAGAGACAACAAUUAGAGGGAACUAGUGGAUAUGAAGGUUCUACAUGAAGACAUUACACAGAUGUGGACAGCUAUGGAUGUGCACCUUACUCUACCUACAGUAGUACUGCAAACACCUGAAGGCACAUCACUGACCAAAACCUCCAUUUGAACAGCCAGUAUACCCCUCAUCCACACUCUACACACACACACACACACACACACAAAUUUCCCUCAUGGGAUCAAGAAAGUAUUCCAGACAUAGCUCAGUCCCAAUCAGACAUUACUCACCCCCAUUCAGAUACACUGUAACUUCUGGCCCCAAUCUCUCCUCUACAUUCCAACCACCUUAAAGGAGAAUUCCGGUGUGAUAUUGACUUUAAAU